ACUGCCGUGGUGUUAUCAAACAGUUCUGUGUCUACACCUUCAUACAAGGGGAGGGCACCGGCCUGUGUGCACUGCUGUCUCCUUGUACAGGUAGUGCGGCGUCACCACUCACGAUGACCACCUCUACGUCAUCUUCGCUGCUUGUGGGGCUGCUGGUCGUCGCUGUUGCUGUCGUUAUGGCGUCGGCGAUUCCAGUGCAGGACGCUAUAGGAGAUUUUUGUAAUGUGGAGGGAAGGUCCAUACCCGACGGCACCAACUUCACACAAACCAGGACGGGACCUUGCAUUUUGUUCUUAUGUAGUGGUGGCAAAGUUCUCCGUCUGAAGAGCGGCUGUUUCAAGGAUGGCGAAUGUCAUCCUCUAGGAGACAGAUACACGCAAAGCUGUAUCGAGCAAGUGUGCGUUUCCACCAAAGACAGCACCUUCUAUAAGAUCGCUAAAGAAGGUUGUCUUGCCAAAGACAACACGUGCGUCGACGUCAACAGCAGGUGGACAAGCGGAUGCAACACGUACCUCUGUAGCCGCACACUGUUCUCCAGGUCAAUGUACUCCUACCGCUUGGAAGUGGCUAGUUGGGGAUGUCAGCUGGAUGACGAGUGCGUGCCAGAGAACCACAUCAUCACUGAGGGAUGUCACGUGAAGCAAUGUCAAAAACGCGAAUCCCUCAUAGGUUUCAGGACUCUGAGGAUGGGUUGUCCUUUCCAAGGAGAGUGUCUGGCAGUUGGAGAGCUUAAGACCAAAGACUGCACCACCCUGACCUGCGAUAGGGAGGACAAUAAAGGCCUCCACUACCUGACAAUAAGAACCACCAAGCUGCGAUGUCAGGAUGCUGACAAAAAGUGUCACGACAGUGGGUCCUACUUCCCUUUAGAAACCGAGGGCAUGCGUCUGAACUGCACGUGCUUUGUUCACGAUGGUAACCUGGGCGCAUCCUACUCCUGUCCGCCACAGUAGGAUCCGUUUGCUGCAUUUACAAUGCUGGAAUGCCAGGAAGGAUAACUGUUGGACAACUUACAACCAGUUCUCCUAACAGGAGUGAUUUCCCUUGAAACGACACUUUAUUGUGGCGAAGACAACAUUGACACUCGACAGUCGUGGCCAGGCACCGAGUUUAAUAUGAGCGUGGACGCUGUUUGUCCACAUUGAUUUUAUGCACAUGUUUUAGGCAGAAAAUUGCAAAAAAAUUGUUUGUUUCUUUUCUUCGUUUUAAUGUGUAACGUAUUAUAAAUCAUAUUGUCUAAUAAAAAUGUCUUAUCAGCA